AUGGAGUAUAAGAGUCACACUGCCCAGCAGGCCAUUGUCUCUCCGGAAAUGCAGGCAAUUAACGUCAACGCCGAUAUGUCACGAGACCCUCACACACCGCACGUCGCCCCGCGACUCAGCGACAAUGACGAUCCCGCCAUUCACGCCAUGGAAGCCGUCUACGGACCCCUAACGACCCUCAUGGACCACGAGGUCACGACGUGGACACCACCCGCCGGCUCCGGCGGCCAUCUCGGUCGCUACCUCUGGACCGACGCCUUUGGCGUCCUCAACUUCAUCACCCUCGCCGAGGAACUCGACUCAUCCAAGUACCUCACCUGCGCCAUGGCUCUCGUCGCCAGCGUCCACGACACCCUCGGCCGUACGCGCGAUCAGUCCCGCCGUCUCGACCACGCCACCGACACGGAGCCCCUCCGGGGCGGCCUGCGCAUUGGCAAGGCCCACGAGGCCGGCGACGAUAGCGACGGCCAGUACCACCACUACCUCACCAUGUGGAUGUUUGCCCUCAACCGACUGUCCGUCGCCACGGGCGAUCCGCGGUACAACGACCUCGCCCUGCAGCUCGCUCAGGCUAUACACCCGCGCUUCUUCGUGCACGGAGUCGAGGCCACACGUAUGGUGUACAAGAUCAGCGUCGACAUGGAGACCGUCCUGAACCCACAAGAGGGCAGUCUCGACGCCAUCCUCGGGCUCGGGGUGUUUCGUCUCCUGCAGGCGACGGCCGUCACGCAGGGUCGUCCGAGUGGUCUUUUGAAGCAGGAGAUUGUUGGCUACGAGGAGAUUCUGAGACGCGAUGGACAGGUGCGCCCAAGCUCGGAUCUGCUCGACCUGGGCAUCGGAUUGUGGGCGACAAGUCUCUUCCCCGGAGAGGAGUGGGCCCAGGCCUACCGCGAGGCGUCCCUGGCGAUGGCCGAGAAGCAGCUCGAUCCGCAGUCAUCCCUGUUGCAGCGCGACACGAGCCAUCGACUCGCCUUCCGGGAGUUUGGGGCUUGCCUUGGGAUACUGUGCGCCGAUGUGGAGAACGCCAGGUUAACAGACGACGUGCAGAGUGUCUUGAGUUUUUGGGAGCAUCACGUUGCCCAAGGGCAGAGUGAGAGGGUGCAGCCUAUUUCCAAGGUGAUGUAUGCUGCCUGCCGGCAUCCAGGAGUGUUCAAAAUCUCCUACCUACAAGGCAAGAAGCUACCCGAAGGCCUGUGA